CCCACAAACUGAGCUUUGCUCGGCGGCGCUUAGAGCCUUGCCGGCCGCCAGGCGGUGCGCUUUUACGCGCAGGGCGCACGGCGCACGGGAGGGAGGCGGCAGGGCCAGUCCGGGCCAGCCGAACAGCAAUCGCUGCCGGACCGGAUGGGGGAGCCGCGGCCAGCUCCCCUGCCUCCGGGGGCCCCGAUCCUGCUCGUCUUGCUCAGCCUGGCGGGGAGCGGAGAGCCAGGAGACGCGGAGAAGUCCCAUUUUUGGCAAAAUCUUCUACCCAAGGAGCAGCAUCGUUGUCGUGGGGUGCUCCGGCUGAUCCUCCAGCAGCACGGGGACUCCAGCUGGGGACUCCGCUUUGGGGACUCCAGCCUUUGCCAAAGCGUUGCCUUUUUCGACCACCCGUGUGCACCCCCAUUUCUCCGCAGACAGUUGGCCCUGCUGGCCCGAGCCUGCCUGCCUCACCGCAUCCUCGCCUCACCCAGUGGCCUCGCAUUGGAGCGGCCCCUGGCGCUGGUGGUGAGGGGUGCCGGCCUGCAUAUGGCAAAGAUGGACCUGGCCCAGGCUGUGGCAUGGCUCAAUAGCCACGCUGCCCGGCAGAACUCCCAGAGAGGCGGAAGCUACUGGCGUUUGCUGAAGCGGGCACCUGUGGCAAGCAGAGAGGCUUUGCAAAAGCUGUUCCAGCGCUCAGAAGGCCACGGAAAUCCUUGGAAGUUGCAGAUCCCAGGCCGUAAACGGCGGGCUCUUGGCCGGGCUAAACAGCUCCGUUAUCCACACGCAGCCAUGGACCACGGCAGCAAUUCCGCGGUAGCCAGCCAAGAUCAAAGCAGAACAAGCAUCCGUACUCCUUUUACUUCCAGCUUGCGGCCUGAACGAAAGGGGAUUCCGAAGCCGGCGAGCCUCAGUGGAGGGGCCGAACUGAGCAUGACACCUCCCUCUGAGCAGGACACCCACCUCUCGCCGCCCACCGAGGGAAGAGCAACUGGCAGCGCGGUAUGUCGGUGUCCAGGCAGAGAACUUGGUAAAGUUCAAGACCAGCAGGGGAAGAAGGAAGUGAAAGGGCAGCAAGUGGGGGUCCGCAUCCCUACCCCGCGCACCGAAGAAGCAGCCUGGGCCGCCAGCACCCUCACCUUCCUGCUGGUCGUGCUGAUGCUCGCGGUCCUCUACACACGGCUCCACCAGAAGUGCCGCCGUGGCCGGAGCCUUUACUGGUCGACAAGCGGCGAGGAAGGGAAUGACACAGUGGCUGCUGUCAUCAAACACCGUCUCCUCUCGGUCCAGGGCAGGCGCAAGAAACGAAGCCGCCACCAGCGGUCAGCGCAGAGGGCAGCUCUUCUGACGGCGACGUCCAGCGACAGUUCCGACUGAGGGCCCCUCUUUGUCAGAGACGUUCUGUCCCAAGAUCCCCGAGUGGUCUAGGCUGUGCCAACGGAGUGAGUAACGGGAGGGUGGCAUCGCUGGGAAGGCUGGUGUGUGUGUGUUGCGUUAGAAAAACAGCCCAGCCUUCCGCACGGAGGGGCUGUUUAGGCUUCGGAGGAGCUGGCUCCUUGCUGUGGUUCCUUUUUCUUACUCAAUAAAAUUUAUUUUUGCUACAAAAAGGAAGCCAAAGAA